UAAGCAACCCUUGUAACUAUCAUAGGCUGAACCGCAGCUCACAGAGCUUCUCCUCGAAACCUGUCUAAAUACACCAGGUACACAGAAAGACAUGCAUCAUUUACCAGUGUUUUGAUCAGUAAGUAUACUGUUUGGACAGAAGACUACACUAACUGCACUAAAACAUUAAAAAAGGGACUUCUCCACUGAAAAGGCCAAUGGGGCUCUUCGACAAGCUAGCAGGCUGGCUGGGCCUGAAGAAGAAGGAAGUGAACGUGCUGUGCUUGGGUCUGGAUAACAGCGGAAAAACCACCAUCAUUAAUCAGCUAAAACCAUCCAAUGCUCAGGCCCAAGACAUCGUCCCCACUAUUGGUUUUAACAUAGAAAAGUUCAAGACUUCAAGUUUAUCAUUUACAGUUUUUGACAUGUCUGGCCAGGGCAGAUACAGAAACCUAUGGGAACACUAUUACAAGGAGGGACAGGCUAUCAUAUUUGUCAUUGACAGCAGUGAUAAGUUGAGAAUGGUGGUGGCUAAAGAAGAGCUGGACACCCUCCUUAACCACCCUGAUAUUAAGCACAGGAGGAUCCCCAUUCUGUUUUUUGCUAAUAAGAUGGAUCUGAGGGAUGCAUUAUCCUCUGUGAAGGUCUCUCAGCUCCUCUGCCUGGAGAACAUCAAGGAUAAACCCUGGCACAUCUGUGCCAGUAAUGCUGUCCAGGGAGAGGGCCUGCAGGAGGGAGUUGACUGGCUGCAAGAUCAGAUCAGAACGAUGAGAACGUGAAACGCUCAUAACAGAACAGAGAGGAACCAUCACAUCUUGCUGAAGUGAUAGAAGCGAUGUCGCAGUGCAGAACGAACCACCCUCACAGAUGUCAAAUCAAGGCUGACCCCCGAGCUUUACCCAGUGGGCAUGACGGGCCGUCUGUUCAGCGCUACAGAAUGUGCUAGUGAGGGAUGUUGUUUGGCUUUGAUUAAGUUCCACCAGAUAUUUUUGUAUCUUCUUCGACAGGUUCUCUAUAAAAUAGGCAAAAAAUAA